CGUGGCUCAUGGUGCUAGCUGGGCUGUUACAAAAUCUGAGAGCCCGCAACUGGCGCACAAUAACGAAGCGUUAAGACUGCCACAGAGUAGCUGAGAUUUAUUUAAUUUUUUUUAACUUAACAGAGAGAAAGCCGACCCAAUUCAGGACUGGCUAUUUUAUGUUAUCAACAAUAAGAUAAUACCAGUAUCAGGCUUUGUUUUUGGAUUACACUAAGGGAGGAUAUAUCAAAAGCCCUUCUGGUUAAACGACUUCAAUCAGCUCCUCCGAAUUCUUCGAUAAGAAAAUAAGAGUUUAAUUUAAUAAUCCUAAUGGGAUUGUAUCCCAACAACUAAAACAUCCACGUGAUCCAGGACAAUUCCUUCAACAUUACCGGAACAUUAAAAUUGUGACGGAUCCUGCAAUGAACAAGCUGCGUCAGAGCCUGCGGAGGAAGAAGCCCUGCUACGUGCCGGAGGCCAGCCGGCCGCACCAAUGGCAGUCUGAUGAGGAGGCCGUGCGCAAGGGCAAGUGCAGCUUCCCAGUGCGGUAUCUGGGGCACGUGGAGGUGGAUGAAUCUCGAGGCAUGCACGUGUGUGAAGAGGCAGUGAAGAAGCUGAAAACCAUUGGAAAGAAGUCUGUGAAAGCAGUCUUGUGGGUGUCUGCAGAUGGUCUGAGGGUCGUAGACGAUAAAACAAAGGUUGUUUCCCUGCAGGACCUGAUAUUGGACCAGACCAUCGAGAAGGUGUCGUUCUGCGCUCCGGACCGCAAUUAUGAUAAAGCGUUCUCCUACAUCUGCAGAGACGGGACCACCCGCCGCUGGAUCUGCCACUGCUUCAUGGCCCUGAAGGACUCGGGGGAGCGUCUGAGCCACGCGGUGGGCUGUGCGUUCGCAGCCUGUCUGGAGCGCAAACAGAAGCGGGAGAAGGAGUGCGGGGUGACGGCCUCGUUCGACGCCAGCAGGACCAGCUUCGUCAGGGAGGGAUCCUUCAGGGUCACCUCGGCCACGCAGCAGGCUGAGCGAGAGGAGGUCAUGAAACAGCUGCAGGACAGGAAGAAAGCAGAAAGCCCCUCCUUACCGGCAGACAGUGCCUCCCCCCCUGAGGGGGCUGCGUCUCCCGUGGACAGGACGGAGGCCGGGUACCAGCACGCCAUCCCGCGACGCCAUGCUCCCAUCGAGCAGCUCGUGCGGCAGGGCUCCUUCCGGGGGUUUCCAGCCCUCAGCCAGAAGAACUCCCCCUUCAAACGGCAGCUCUCCCUGAGGCUGAACGAGCUGCCCUCCACCCUGCAGCGCAAGACUGACUUCCAGGCGAAAAACCCAGUGCCUGAAAUGGAGUCUGGCCCUCCUGACGAAGCGGACAGCAUCAACACUCUCUACUGCCAAAUCAACAGCUCCUUCAGCAAGCCCCCCGAGGAGCCCUUCACCACCAACGGCAUCCCGCCACCCUCCAUCCCUGCCAGUGUUCCUGCAGGUCCAGCAGGAUGGGCAGGAGACGCCGCUGGCCAGUCCGCUCCUGCCUGCCAGAUGGGGCACAAGCGGACACCGUCGGAGGCUGAGCGCUGGCUGGAGGAGGUGGCACAGGCCGUCAAAGCUCAGCAGCAGCAGCCACAGCAACAGCAGCCCCCCACCAUGCCAGGCACACCAGUCUCCAUCCCGAACGCCAUGCAGCCCUUCCCUCUGGCCUUCGACUCCACCCCGGCGCCCGUGGGCAUGUUCGUUCCACCCCCCGUACAGCCUGCAUACAUGCCCAUGCCCACCUACAUGCCUGCACUUGCCAACAGUAUGUCCUACCCCAGCGUCCCUGUGGUUGGCAUCACACCCUCUCAGAUGGUAGCCAACGUCUUCUGCACAGCUACACAAAUGCAGGGCUCAGGGUUGGCAGCAGGCAAGAUGGGUAGCAUUGGUGGGCUUCCUCAGAGCUUCAAUUCGUCCGCCUCAGUCGCUGUAGUCACAACCUCCAGCUCCAACCACACCUCUAGCUCCAACCACUUCUCCAGCCCCAUCACAGUCAAUGGCAUCCCCCCUAACAGCCAGAAUUGCACCAGCAACGGUACCAGCAACGGCACCAGCAACGGCACAGCGUGGCCUCCUGGCCUCAAGCAGUUGGCAGUGGCAGGCGGUGCCCAGGAGGUCGACCAGUUUGAGGCGCAGUGGGCGGCACUGGAAUCCAAAUCCCAACAGAGAGCCUCAAACCCGUUCUCUAAUGAGCUUCAGAAAACCUUUGAGAUCGAGCUCUAACUGGGCAGGCUUGGAGGAAACGUGCGGUCAAAACAAACAACAACCCUUUUGUGUAUUUCUUCUUUCGUGUUUUUUUUAUGUGUCCAUUUAUUAUGAGUUUUGUGGGCGAGGCUGAGAUAAGUAUAAGUACAUUUGCAGAAAAAACAACAAAGAUCAAAGACAGAUUUGCAAGAAUGCCAGCUGUAGUGAUGCACAAGGGCCAGUGUGAACCACGCCAGGUACAGCGCAUACUACACAAAGUGAACGGCACACACUGAUCAGCUGUAACACUCGAUUGGAAAUUGUGUUCACUGGACUGAGUGUAUGUAUUGAACUAAUGCAUAUGGCAGGACUGUCAGUCUUUUACAGAAUCUCUGUUUCUAAUUCUGUUUCAAACAUGAUAGAAAACACGUUUCAGGUUCCUGAUCGAUUUGUUAACUUCAGACAGUUAAUACAGUUUUAUGCUGCACAUAGUUUGAUUGGAUUUAAGACAUUCCUAUAAACUAGAUAAUUUUAAACACUAUCCCUUUGGAGCCAAAUCCUUUGAACAGUGUACACAGCAGUCCUGUGGACUACACUGGAAACUGAUAACAGGAACCUUGAUUCGGGACAGAACCUACAGCCGUCUGUCCAGGUACUUUACUGCUGAGACAGACACUGCCGUGUAAAGUUACUCUGUGUUUGCUAACGCUCAGAAAGACGGAAGUUAUUUUCUGUUUGUUCCAAGCUCUCGUGUUGCAUCAUCACAAUAUUACUCUGUGAUCUUCUACAUAACCACUGAAGCUGUGGUACUAAUGUUUCCACUCAACGUGUUGUCUUUGACCUCCCCUCUCCUCCACAGACUUGCAGACACAGCUCUUUGGAGUACAGGGAGUCUACAAAGGGUUUAUAGAGGUACAACCAAAUGACUUUGUUUUCUGUUUUUAUUUUUUUUAUUUUAUUUUUUAAUGAAAAUCUUUAGUAUGCAUCAGAAUAUGGGUGGGUCUCCCCAUAAGGGGGUAGAUUCAAUAAAACAAAAUUACAGGUCAGCUUAUGGGCUUGUGUCAUCUUCCCUGGUUAAUGCCAGCAUGUACGGUACAGGAUAUAUAUUUAAAGUACACAGAACUCGCAGUAACAAUUCCACUUGCCAAAUAUGCAUUGCCAUCACUUCGUAGAGCGGCCGUGCCUCGAGAUGAAACACAUUGUUAAACGUGAAUUUUAUUUUUAAUUAAUUUAUAUUUAAGGAGUGAACAAAAAAAAUGGUUAUCGCCUUUUGCAUGAAGGAACAUUGAAAGUGUGUGAGUUGCUACUGGAGUUCGAGUUCUUGUAAAUGGAAAAACAAUUCAGAAUGUUUUUAUGUGUAGCAAAAGACAUCUCAUGCACAGUGAUAGAUUUAGGAAUAAGUGAGUUUAGUUACCAUGGCAUCAAAAGCCUAUAAAUACCUCCAGUGUUUUUUUUUUUUUUUCCAAACACACUUUCCCUUGUCAAAGGUGUGUUAAACACACUGAAACGUUGGGAAGUUGCUCUUUUGAAUAAUUGGAAAAACGUGCUGUCGUUUAUUUCCUUUACGUGACCUCCGAUUCCCAGAUGCUUCACACAGGGGCUUGCCUUCCCACCACCUUUCCUUUCCUGUGACUGGCGUGUUUUCAAAGCUAACAGCACUUCUUUACAGUGUGAUCUCUUGAAGUAGAAUACACUGCAUCGAAAUAUCUGCAGGGAGCGAUCGAUCACUUUCCUACACUAGUAGUUUGGAAAACAAUCUUUCAUGUAGACACAUAUGAGAUCUAAGAAAUGAUACAUAAUCCGGUAAGAUUUACAGUAAUUAUUUUGAGCUCUGUGCAUUUUAAGAUGAAUGCACAAAUCUGGCUUUUUGUCACAAGGAUGUGUCCUAUUAUGUAAAUGCCAUUGAAUAGCAGCAUUGAACAUGGAAGGUAUGGAAAUCAUGACCCAGCUUUGUCAUUUCUUUCUGUUUUAAAGCCAUGCCCGUGUAUGAUAAUAACUGCCGUAACUACCUGUAUUACAGUAGAAAAAUGCUUCUCCGGUUUACUUUUGAGCACAAGAAACUUUAUAAAAUAAUGGGGGUGUAAGAGGGAGUUUCUGGCAUGCAUCUGCAUUGUUUCAGAAUCCUACCACAGCUGCAGCCAGCAUGGAUAUAGAGAGCCGUGUUAUUAAUAGUGCCACAGGACAGCAGCACUACGGCUUAUUUAUUCAGGCAACAGUGUCCUUUGGGAAACGAUGGACUCUAUUCACAAAGCGUUAACCCUUUCAUGCACAUAGCUGUUUAAAUCUUUACAGCCUCAUAUGAGGACAUGUGCGUGAAUGGGUUAAGGAAUGUUUUAAGCAACAUUUUUUUAAGGUCUAUUUUUGAAGAUGUGUUUAUAAACAUUCACUCAACAGAGCUCUGGAAAUGAAUACACUGCAGUGUUUUGCUUCAAUGGUAUGUGAGAACAAGUCAUUGCUUAUGCGAGGCAUGCGAGAAACAGCUGGAGUUAAUAAAGCGCAGAUGUAAAGAGUCUUGACUUGUAACAGUGAGUUCUUAAAAAGUCCUGAAGAUGGCCUUCAUGUUUUCAAUCCAUUUUUAAUUUUGUUUUAAUUUGUUUAUGAAUAUGCAUUAUUUUAAGAAACUUUGGGGGAUUCGCAACGUGUUUUGCUCCAAAACGUCAUUAGCACCAUUGAAAGAAAAACCUGGUAAUGUCACAAAACUGGAAAUAAACCACUUUGAACACCUAAAAGCCAUUGAAAUUCAUGAACGGCUUGUUAAUUUACUGUUUGUACCUCAAUGGGUGUUUUUCUCUUUAUAUACAAUGGUGCUAAAGACACUUUGGAGUUAACGGCACUGUGUAUUUCAACCAUUGAUUUUAUGAGUGGAGAUUAUCAGUUUUUAAAAAGUAUGUGCAAUUGUCAACAUUAGAGAACCCAAUCGACCACUGACUCCGGUCAGCCAUCCAAUUAUUUUGAAUUCAAGCUGUAGUUUUUUACAGGCCCCAGAAAGCAACGUAGCCUUUGAAGCUUACAUAUAAAAGGCACUUCUCUUUACUUACUAAACCAAGGCUUGGGGUUGACAGCUAGGUUGCCAUGGCAGCCACUAGAAUAUCCAUUUCCUGCUCUGUUCAGUGGUUUUGCUACAAAGCAAGCUCCCAACGACCCAGAGGGACAUACUGUAUAUUACAAACCCUUUCUUUACCCAAACACAUGAUGUUUAUUGGAGCAGUAGUAAUAGAAUACGUUUCAGUCAUAACAUUUGGAAUAACAGUCUGACCAUUUGUAUUUGAGUUUUCUGUUCAUUUUAGGUUCUAUUGGGUAUUAUUGGGUCUUGUUAUACGCUUCCAUUUUUUGGUAUUUUAGUACCCUGUUUAACUUAAUUGCCAAAUGUGUUGUUGAUUUGUUUGCUACAUGAAUUAAUAUAUAUAUAUUGCGUAGCUUUGUGUAUGUAUCUGAAAGUAGGUACCAUUUUGUAUUCAAGGGUAAUGUAACAGGUGUUAACAGGUAUAGACACAGCAUCUUAGAAAAUACCCUUUUUCUGUUUGCUUGUACAUGUGCUUCAAAUGGACACACCCUUAACUCUCUCUUUUUUAUUCUUUUUAUUUUUAAAUCAGGGAUGUAGAAGUCGUGGUUAGUGUUUUUGGGGAAACGACUUCAUUUCUAGGUAUGACUUGCUCAAAGAACGGUUUAGACACAAGAUCGGUAGGAGACCUCGUCAGUUAGCUUGCCCACCGCGCCAUAUUAGUAUGUUAGCUUGCCCACCUUGCCAUAUUGCCUCAGUGAAGAUAGACUAGCGGCUGUACCCCCACCCCCUCCCGAAACAGGAAACCGGGAGGAUACUUUAUAAGAGACAAGCUACAGGGAGGGAUGGGGUUUUGUUCCUUGCUGAAAACGUUUCUCAUGUAUAUAGCCAUCUUCAAGAAUUGCCUCAAAGUAAAAGUAAGCCAUUUGGCUUUGAAUAGUAGCCACACAGAUAAAUAUUUCUGCUGCUAACGAAAUGUACUUUUCAGGUUAUCGGCAGAUUUUGUAUCUGUUUUCUCAGCAGCACAUACAAACCCCUGUGAUUUUUCUAAGUUCUUCUUUGCACUUGUCUCUCUCAGCCAAUACUGCAGCUGUUAGCUAUCUUCAACUGAACCAGACUUGCACAGACUGGACCAAUUGUAAUAGCUUGCAACGAAUGCCUCAAACAGUUGGCAGCUGAAAUCAGAGUGGUUACUGUGAGAGUUGGGAGUUGAAACAUGUAGGUUUAAAUUGGAGAUUGAGGAAGAUUUGAAACGUGUAGACUUUGUUUUAUGGCACCAUUCCAGUUGACUUUUCUUUGUAUAUCAUUUAAAGUCUGUGGAAGAUCAUUUCCAGCUUUAAGAACAGCUAUGCCUUGCUGCCUAGACAAUUCAGCAUCUAGCGAGUCCAGCAUUUGAAUUGGUUAACCUGACUUUUUUUAUUGAACUGGAACCUUGGCAAGAUUGUCCACUUUUAGUAAAGAUGGCAUUUACAGAAUUGAAGCAUAGUGCUUUCCAUGCUUUCUAGGCUCAGUGCCCCUGUGACAUUAGACCCUGACUAUUCCAACACCAAUGUUACAACCCCCUCAAUGUACAAGUGAUCUGACAUCAAGACAGUAACUGAGUUUUGAAAUAACCCCAAACCCCUAACAGCAGUGAUCCCCCGGCCUGGGGAACAUUCUUGUGGGUGGUUUGGGAGAUUUCUGUACGUGCCGUGGCCCCCCCCCUUGCACCUUCUUACACCCCCAGGCCCCCAAGGGUCCCCCAGCCAUGAACCACUGGCGCAGUGCACUGAAAAGCUGUCCUCUUUGUGCAGCUGCAUAAUCCCCAGGUAUGUGCAAAGAAAUCCCAUCAUGCCAAGGAUCCUUGAAUAACGGUGGUGAAGGACUAAUCAAAGUUACUGACUUGCGAGCUGCUGCUGUUGCCUGUACAGCGAGGCAUCGAUGGGAGGAAGGGUUAGGGAGUCUAAAGGCGGUCUUGAAAGUGCUCUAGACUAGUUGAAAGUAAUGCAGAAAUAGUGAUUGUUGUUUCUCACAACCCAGAUGAGAGAGAGCGAGAAAGCGAGAGCAAGAGAGAUGUUGUAGAUGGUUAAGGAUAAUAAUGAGGUACUGGCAUUCAUUCAUGCAGGGAGAUCAGUUAAAGGACAAGGAAGACUAAACUAUUUUAAUCAUUUUAAGUUUGUAUAUUUUGAUUUCUGUGUCGCAAGAUGACACAUGCUUCUAGAGAGAUUUGAAUUGUUCGUUUUGAUUGGCUGAGAGGGACAGUGCAUUAUAAAUUCCUCUUUUACAGUAUACACAAUGUUCACGUGUAGCUAGAUGCUGUGGGAGGCUUUCACCAACAGGGGUAAUUAAGAGAGCAUGUGAUUGUUCAGAGCAAUCGGAGAAAGUUUCUUUAUGGUUCAGUGUUGCAUUAUUUCAAAAUAAGUAAGCUUGUCUUCAGGUGUAUAAAACAUGAGUGCAUGAGUUAUUCAUAAGAGAUUCCCUCUUCAUUCCUUAUUCUUUUGAAUCAAGAAAAUACAUAUUAUUAUUAUUAUUAUUAUUAUUAUUAUUAUUAUUAUAUUGCAUUGCCCCCUAAAAAGUAGCUAAAUAUAUUGCAGAAAACUAAGUUACCUCAUAAACUUGAUUGUAAACUGUAGUGUAGUGAUAACAAACCAGUGAAACUUAUUUUCUAUCUUUUAUUUACAGAUUUUGUAUCUAAACCUACAUAUUUGUAUUAUAAUUACAUUGUACAAAGAUAAAUAAAUAAUAUAAUGUAAA